AACGAUCAAUCUGCAAUGUUGACUGUUACUCUUCUGGACAAACAUUUUACGUAUCAUUAUGUUAUUACUGCCAACCCAUGUCUUUUAUUUAUCCACUUCUUUAUUGAGUUUUCUCGUGCGCUUGUCUUCUAUAAGAGAUUAGAGUUCUUGAAAAAGUAUGAAAGAAAACCAACAGUCUCUCGGCGAACUUGCUAUUUUUAAAAUCCUAAUUUCCUCAGCGAUGUCAUACACCAUUGUUGUUCAUAAUCCCGAUCGCAUAAGGAUCUUCGAACAGACAUCGUAUCUUUUUCUUUUCUUUUCUUUUUAUCUUAAUUUUCAAAUAAAAAUGCGUAUCGUAGCUUCUCUUUCAUCGAUAAAAACGAUGGCUGGUGGUUGGAUCCUAUUGCGAUUUAAAUUCGUCCAAAAAAAGAUAAUUAAAGAGGAUUAAAGAAAGGAGCAAUCUUAAUACGAGAGAGUUUUCUCUCCCACCCCUUCCCCCCACUCUCUCUCUCUCUCUCUCUCUCUCUCUCUCUCUCUUUCUCUUUCUAUAUUUAGGAAUCAAGGAGCGUUAUUCAGUCAUAAUUCUUCUAUUAGUCGGAAUUUUUAAGUUUAGCCAUAUAAAUAAAUUUAGUUUGGGGUUGGCGAGACGUGUACACACACAUUUACAAGAAUUUGUAAAGAAGAAGAGGAAAACGAUAUAACGAUAUCUUUAAUUGUAAGGAAAAUAGGAUAAUUUGUGUACAUGCCGUAUUAAAGAUCUAAUUAAAGAUCAUGACGAAAAUUGAAAAUGAAUAAAGGCCGUAAACGAAAUUUACAAAAAAGUAAUUGUAUACAUAUAUACAUAUAAUAUCAAUUUGAAUUCUUAUUUGAUGGAAUAGACGGAGAAAGAGAGAUAUGAACAAAUACUUAAUAAUUUAGGUAGAUAGGUAUAUUAUACAUAUUAUAAAUAUAUAAAUACAUAUGUGUAACUUGCAACAAUUUUUCUAGAACACAAUCGAAAAUAUUUAUUUUUAUUCAAUGCGUAAUUGUAAGCGCGCGUUCGCUCGCUCGCGAGAGAGAGAGAGAGAGAGAGAGAGAGAGAGAGAGAGAGAGAGAGAGGGAGAGAGGAGCCUUUGACAAGAAAAAGAUUAAAGAAAAAGCCCUUAAAGUCGAGAAAGUAGUAUAUAUGAAUGGACCGUGUUACAUCUCGACGAACCUUAUUGUAUAUUUACUUCUCGCCUCGAACACGUAAACAUACAUACAUACAUACACAUACAUUUAAUAGAUACAUCGCGUAUGUACAUAUUACAUAUAAAGAAGGUAAUGUAAUUUGUAUGCAGAAUAAUUAUCAUUGCCUUGUUAUUAUUAAUCGCAUUGAAGUUUACAAAGAUGAAAGGUUCUAAGUGUCAAAGAGAUGAUGUCUAAAGUAUUGAGAACACAGAGCGUCUUACCAAAGUUACUAAAAUUAAAAUGUAGAGAAAACGUGACAGAGAGCAAGAGAGAGAGAGAGAGAGAGAGAGAGAGAGAGAAUGAAAGAAAGAAAGAGAGAAAGAGCGAAUGUGGUCACAUUUCCGAAUCUUUCUAAAUAAAAAAAUUUAAUAAUGUAAAUAUAUAUAAAUAACGAGCGAAAAUGA